CAGAGCCAUGGACACAGUGGACCAGACGCUACUGCUCAGCUGCGUUAACCAGGUGCAGCAGCAGUUGGAGUCCGUGUUGGGCCAGGCCCCCCCUCCCCUGUCCCGAAUGCUGGCCAUCUCCCUCCAGGUCAACAGCCCAGCCAUACAGCACAGCCUCAACAACUUUGGUAAGUUGAGCUGGUGCCUCGUGCCGUUCGCCUGCUCCAGAAGACACAGGGUCCCAAAGAAACCCAAAGACCCUCCGCAGCAGCAGCAGCAACCUUCUGCUUCUGCUCAGGCAGGGUCCCAGGACACCCCAGCCUCUGGAGACCAGCGGGGUCCUAAAGAAGCACUUCCCCCGCCGCCAUCUGCUGUUGACAUCCCCUCCAGAGGGGGCGCUGUGGUGAGCACUCCCUCGACUCCCCUCAAGGUGAAGGCUGAGAGUACCACCGUCACCACAGCCACCACCGAAUCCCCAGACCACAGCAGUAGGUCGGCCGGGUCCAGUACUGCGGCGGCCGGUUCCAGUUCCAGUACUGGUCCGGAUCUGGGCUCAAGCCUGGACUGCGAGCCCUCGUCCACGGUGCCUGACCUGAAGAGCAGAACCGGAACCGGAAGUGGUGGUAGUGGCAGAACCGCAGUAGCCGGUUGGCCCGACAGCCCGGUGGACCUGGAUCCAGAACCUGGCCCGUCGUCUGCCGUGAGCACCAGUAACGAUGGCGCGUCGUCACCAGUCAUAAUUGACCUCUGCUGGGAUGAACUGGACGAGGAGGAGGAGAUGGAGGUGGGAACGGGUGACCCGGGGGGAGGGGGGAGGAUCGGGUCAGGAGGAGACCCGGGAGGAAAGCUUGGAGCAGCGUAUGAUCAUGGAGAUAAAGAUUGGGCAGCUGGAGGAAAGCUGGAGACGGAUAAUCGUGGAGCUGGCGAUGCCUUGUCAUCAGACAGCUCUUCAGCUAACUGUCCUGCUAGUUGCCCUGACGAAGACACUUCCAAGAACACGUCCAAGGACUAUAUGCCUGAGCUGCAGCCUGUCAGUAGGAACAGAUCACCAUCUCCCCUGGAGCCCCAUAACACCAGCGUUAUACCAGUGGAGCUGCUAGCAGUCAUCUCGGCCAUGAAUGAGACUAGCUCUCCUACCAGGGAGCUGCCAACUGCUAGCAGUCCGACGGAAGUGCUAACCGCUAGCAUUGCUAGGAAGGAUGCCAACUCUCCACCACCAAAGGCGCCGCUAAUUGCUAGCAGUCCUGUGAGUGAAAUCAACUCUUCGCCAAAAGAUCGGAUAAUUGCUAGCAGCCCGGUGAGAGAAGCUAGCUCUUCACCAAAACAUCUACAGAUUACUAGCAGGCCUGCUAAUGAAACUAACUAUUUGCCAGAAGAUCUGCAAAUUGCUAGCAAUCCUGCAAGUGAAGCUGACUCUUCCCCAAAAGAUCUGAUAAUUGCUAGCAGCCCAGUGAGAGAAUCUAGCUCUUCACCGAAAGAUCUGCAGAUUGCUAGCAGGCCUGCUAAUGAAACUAGCUCUUUGCCAGAAGAUCUGCAAAUUGCUAGCAAUCCUGCAAGUGAAGCUGACUCUUCCCCAAAAGAUCUGAUAAUUGCUAGCAGCCCAGUGAGAGAAGCUAGCUCUUCACCGAAAGAUCUGCAGAUUGCUAGCAGGCCUGCUAAUGAAACUAGCUCUUUGCCAGAAGAUCUACAAAUUGCUAGCAAUCCUGCAAGUGAAGCUGACUCUUCCCCAAAAGAUCUGAUAAUUGCUAGCAGCCCAGUGAGAGAAGCUAGCUCUUCUCCGAAAACGCUGCAGAUUGCUAGCAGGCCUGCUAAUGAAACUAGCUCUUUGCCAGAAGAUCUGCAAAUUGCUUGCAGUCCUGCAAGUGAAGCUGACUCUUCGCCAAAAGAUAUGCAUGUUGCUAACAGUCCUGCUGCAAGUGAAGAUAGUGCUUCACCGUUAGAUCUGCAAAUUGCUAGCAGUCCAGAGAGUGAAACGGACUUCUCGCCAAAGCCACUGGUAAUUGCUAGCAGUCCUAUGCGUGAAGAUAACUGUUCGCCAAUGGAAGUACUAGCUCCUAGCAGCCCUGUGAUUGACGCUAACUCUUUGACAGUGCCGAUGUUGGCUUCUAGCCAUGGCGGAACCAAAACUGACCCUGUCAUAAACGUUGCCAAGGCAACAGCGGAGCCUACAGACACUGUGGCUGAUAGAGAGGUAGGUUCAGAAUCUUCGCCAGGUGACAUCUGCCAAGCCAUGGAGGUGGAGUGUGAAAACGAUAGGUGUGUUCAAGAGGAGGAGUCAAACUCUGUGGCAAGAGCAGGGGAGGAGUCAGAACAUCAUCAAGACAUUCUGAACGAAAAGGAGGCGGGAUCAGAACAUCCAGACAUUCCGAAUGCAACAGAGGCUGAAGAUCCAGAGACUGCUCAGAAGGCCCUUGACGUCCAUAUGGAGAAUGUGCAGAAGAAGGCAGCACACAAGGACGCCCCUAGGGAGCAUGCUCAGACGGAGAAGCCAGAGUCCAACAAGCCGUACUCUACAGAGCAUGUGCAGGAGGAUGGGGUUGGUGACCAUGUCAGUACUGAGCGUGUGCGAGACGUGACUGGUGGUGUUGCUGAGUGUUUGAAUGAGGUGGAGGAGGAGGAGGAUCAGACACCUGCCUCAUGUGCUACUGAGCAUGUGCAAGAGAUGCUGUCUGCUGACGCUGCCCUCACUGGGCGUCUGCAAGGCGUGGCCAAUGGUAACGUCACUUCUGAGCAUGUGCAGAAGGCAAUGGCUGAAGACGUCAUUACUGAGCCACCGUGUUCCUCUCAGCAACAAGAUGAAGAGCCAUCAGCUGAGGCCCCAUGCUAUCCUGAGUUUCCACCUCUUCCCUCGUUCCUGAGAGCCUUACAUCUGAACUUCAGCAGCCCAGCACCCUCAGCUCCAGAGGAUCCAGGGAGUGCAGGAUCUGACCGCAUCAGCAGUUACUGCCGCCCUCUGGAGGACGAUGAUUCUGCUGAGGAAGAGGAUUCACAGGACGACACAGAGGUUCAGGAUGAAGAAAUUUGCCAGCUCUUGCCAAAAAAGCAUUGGCUACCUCAGGUGUACGUCUUCCGCUUGUCCCUCCCCUCCUCCUCCUCCAUUGGACAGCCCUCGGCUCCGUUCCGACUCCGUGAGGGGGACGGACCAAUGGAGUUCUUCAUCCAGGAGGUGACAGAGGAAGAUGAGUCUGCAGUGAGUUUGGCGGGCCCUGGUGGUCAGAAGGGUGCGGUGCGGGAGCAGCGGUGCCGAGUGUGUGGAGUGGAGGGACUGCUGCAUCACUGCGGCUCCUGCAGAACGGGGUACCACAGGGGAUGCCACAUACCCCCUCUCAUAAGCAAGCCCAGGCCUGGCUGGGUGUGUGGCCUGUGUAUCGAGGUGUCGUCGGCGUCGGAUGUCCUCCUCAGUCCUCAGCGGAGCAGCUUCGAUGGAGACGCAGGCUCCUGCAUGAACACACAAGAUCAGAAGAAGUGUGAGCACGUGCUGCUAUCACUCUGCUGCAGUAAACACAGGCCUGCUCUAUUCACACAGCAACCGGGUACCUCUCCAUCUACCUUGAUGAGUGUGACGUGCAUUCGCGGGCGCCUGCUGCAGAACGUGAGCCCUCCGUACCGCACCCCCGCCGAGUUCGUGUCUGAUAUCUGGCUGCUGCUGGACCAGCUGCUCAAGAGAGCUAAGUGGAAGGCGGAGAGUGAGCGUCAGCUGCGUGCGCUGCAGGUGAUCUUUGGCCAGCGUCUGCAGCGGGUGUUUGUGGGCGGCGCGCUGCACCCCUCGCUCCUCCGCAACCCCUUCAGGAGGAGGAGAGCCACCGCGCCCCACAGGAGGACCGCAUGGGGGGCAGGCAGGGGAGCAGCAGGAGCAGCAGGAGGAGGAGGCGCAGGGGGAGGCGCAGGGGGAGCAAGGAGGAGUGCGGCGGCCGAGAGAGACGUAGAGCACAGAGGAGGAGGAGGAGCACGCAGGAGGAGGAAGAGGAGGCGACUGGAGGCAGCGCGCUCGGAGGAGGAGCCAGAGGAGGGAGGAGGAGGAGGAGGAGGAGGAGAGGCAUAUUCUGUCCCCUCCUCCAGCAGCAGCACCAGCAGUGGGGCAGAUUCCCCCAGAACCAGGACCACCGUUACCGGGCCAACCACCGUUACCGGGCCAACCAGCGUUACCAGGCCAGGCACUCCCAGCACCAGUGCAGCCGACUGGACCAACACUACUAGUGGCUCUGACCCGGAACCGGAACAGGCUAAUGGGUCUGACCACCAAGCCCAGAACAGUGGAUCCAAACGGGCCAGGUCUACUACUGGUUCUGACCCGGCCAAGAGCAGUGGUUCUGGUUCUAGCCAGGCCCAGACCAGCUGUUCUGACCCGGGCCAGACCGGCUAG